CUACAAUAUCUGAUGGGUGCUAAGAAAUAAAGAGACAACCCGCAAGGGUUGCAAGUGGGUCUCCCGAAGUUUGGAGGCAUUGUGCCCCCUUGGCCCAUUCACCUCACUGUCGUGACAACACCGAUGCCAGUAGUGUAGCCGCUGCGUCCGUGGUCAUACCUCUGUCCUGCUGAAAACUCGUACAUGCCAACUAACACAGGUGGACCCAGUAACGACAUCGCAGGUUUGAAUGUGGUUACAGCAUAAUGUGGCCUUUGAAACAAUUGCAGUGUGCAGGCUGAAGACAUGAAGUGCGUGACAGGCGAACCUAAAGUCGAUCGAUGACCCGCCUCAUUGCUUCUUUCCUUCUCGGAAAUAUAUGUGGAAAAUUGGCAGAAAGCGCUGUGUUAUGCCUAGUUUCGUGCAUUCUGAUACAUCGAUCGCUGGUGAAGUUCUAGAAUUUAUGAAACUGUAUUCAUUUUGCCAAGAUUUGCAGUCAGCCACACUUUGUAGUAGUCGCUGGAAACAAAUUUUAGCCAAUGAGCGAUCGCCUUCUCAGUAAUCCCUCGAUGAGAGCAGCCAUUUUGCGCUCAGCUCACCACACCCUUGUCAUCAGAGGCGAGCUAUUGGACUCAAUCGGGGUCUGGGGUUGACCCUAUUGCAGCCCAAUACCCCCUCCCAGCCUAGAUGGAACUGGAAAAUAUAGUAGCAAACACAGUCUAUUUAAAAGCACGUGAAGGUGGUGGUGGCAAACGCAAGGGAAAGAGUAAAAAAUGGAAGCAGAUACUAAAAUUUCCUCACAUUUCACAGUGUGAGGACAUCAAAAACAAAAUCCAAGUGACUUACCACUAUGUGGUGGAGCAGCAACCCAUUGGAUCUCGACUCUUCAGACAGUUUUGUGAGACCAGUCCUGGGCUCAAUAAAGCCAUCGGUUUUCUUGAUGCUGUGAGAGAAUAUGAAGUUUCACCAGAUGAAAUGCGCCUGGGGAAGGCAGAAGAGUUAUUUGAACGGUACUUGCAGUCAGAUUCUGAGAUGUUUGUUACUCAGCUGAAUGGAAACUACGUAUCUGCUGUAAAAGAAGAAAUGAGUCAGAAAAACUCCAGCAAAGAACUUUUUAACCGUUGUGCUGAGAUUGUAAAAAAUUAUCUUUCGGAAGAGCCAUUCAGAGAAUUUGUGGAAAGCAUGUAUUUCAAACGCUACCUGCAGUGGAAGUGGCUGGAAAGUCAGCCAGUCACGAAAAAUACAUUCCGAAUGUACAGAGUUUUAGGUAAGGGUGGGUUUGGGGAGGUGUGUGCAUGUCAGGUGCGAGCAACAGGCAAGAUGUAUGCUUGCAAAAAACUUGAAAAAAAACGAAUAAAGAAGCGCAAAGGAGAGGCAAUGGCAUUGAAUGAAAAGCAGAUUUUACAGAAAGUCAACUCAAGGUUUGUGGUUAGUCUGGCUUAUGCCUUUGAAACGAAAGAAGCACUGUGUUUGGUAUUAACUAUAAUGAAUGGAGGUGACCUCAAAUUCCACAUUCAUAACAUGGGAAAUCCUGGAUUUCCUGAAGAGCGGGCUGUCUUCUAUGCAGCAGAAAUAACGUGUGGUUUGGCUGACCUGCACAAGGAGGGUAUCGUCUACAGAGACCUGAAGCCAGAAAAUAUACUACUGGAUGAUGAUGGCCAUGUUCGAAUAUCAGAUUUGGGUCUGGCUGUGGAGAUUCCACCAGGAGAAAGUAUACGAGGUCGUGUUGGCACUGUUGGAUAUAUGGCACCUGAAGUAGUGAAAAAUGAAAGAUAUACCUUCAGCCCAGACUGGUGGGGGUUGGGCUGCAUCAUCUAUGAGAUGAUUGAAGGCAAGGCUCCAUUUCGAGCUCGGAAAGAGAAAGUGAAACGUGAAGAGGUGGAUCGUCGUGUGAAAGAAGAUCAGGAAGUGUAUUCUGCAAACUUCUCAGAAGAGUGUCGUUCAAUUUGUCAGGCGCUUCUGGAAAAGAAUCCUCUCAGUCGGCUUGGUUGUGGCCUAGAAGGUGCUACAGAUGUGAAAUCACAUGUCUUCUUUAGAAUCAUCAACUGGAAAAGAUUAGAAGCUGGAAUGUUUGAGGUUCCAUUUGUUCCAGACCCUAGGGCUGUUUACUGCAAAGAUGUGCUGGACAUAGAGCAGUUUUCCACUGUUAAAGGAGUUAAUCUGGAUGCAAGUGAUGACACCUUCUAUAGCAAAUUCAAUAUUGGCAGUGUAUCCAUUCCAUGGCAGAAUGAGAUGAUAGAGACUGAAUGUUAUAAAGAACUAAAUUUGUUUGGACCUGAUGGAGAAGCCACUCCAGAUCUUCGAGAGGAUCUUCCACCAACACCUCCACCGCGUGGUUUCUUUGAGCGCUUGUUUCGGCGGAGACGAGUGAGUUGUCUUGGCUGCUGUCGUCAGGUACUUGUUGCUAGCUUGAUUCUCCUGCUAUACAGAUCAGUCCAUCUGUAUUAUGCAGGUCUAUGACAAUUUUGUUCAUUUUGACUGGCAAGAGUAGGUAUCAGAACUAGCCUUUCCAUUGCUGAUGCUGUAUCCCUUGUGGUUGGGAAAUUCUACUAUUAAGACUUUUUUUUUAGGGACAUGUUCAUUUAUAUAUUUCUGUCACCAGUGGCCUAAUGAUUAGUAUUAUGUUAGUUAUAGAGGCUGCACCAUGACAACAAAGCUUUUAAGAGCAUGCUACCGCUGUUAUACAAUCUUAAUAUCUUACUUUUGGUGCAAUCAUUAUUUUUGAGGAUAAAGGCUUAAUAGUUCUUUUGUGGGUACCUAGUUACUGAAGACCUAAAUUGGCAUUUAUUGCUCGUUGCUUUUUAGCCUGUUUUGCUUUAGUCUUUCUCAUUUUUAUGCAGUGCAGUUAGAUGUCAGGUUCACAAAAGUUAGGAUGAUGCAUACACAAUGCGUCAUCCUUCAAUAACAUUGAUAACCACUUCUUCCAUACUGUCAUUACCGCUUGCAAAAAAAAAAAUACCGAAGAUGUGAUACUUCUAUACAACCAUCAUGUGAUUUGACCAGCUCUUGUCUUAGGGCAAAAAAAAAACAAAAAAAAAAACACAAGUAUUUGUUGACAGAACUAGGCAGUGUCCUUAAAAUGUGUGAGGGAGUAAGAAGAUUAUGGGGAUUUAUUACUGCAUACUUUUUAUUGUGCAUUUGGCCAGCACAGCUUAAAAAAUAUUUACUAAUCAUCCGCCUACAUCACCAGGCUUUUCUUAAAAUUUCUUUUCCAUGUAUACCAGUGCUCUUAAUGUUUUCUUUAAUUGCAUUUUAGGUGUAAUCAAUAGCUUAAAAAUAUUGCAAAUGGCUAACUGUAAAAAAUCCUUUUACAGAGCAUUUUACAGAGUUGGUAGGUGUUUGGCUUUAUCUUUUGGUUUGCAUUUCUUUCUCUUUUAAUUUGUUUCAAUUUUAUUAUUUUGGUUUUUUUCUGUGCUUGCAAGUAACUGAAGCUUAACAGUAUUCACAAUAGAUAAGUAAAAACUGGUUUUGAAUGUGUGUUUAUAUUAUGAUCACACUUGCAUAACGUAUUAAAAUGCUUAUGAAAAAAAUGUGGCCAGCAUAAAAACUUAAGAGACUUCUAAAAGAACGUAGGUGUCAUUUGAAUUUCAGUUCUAUUUGUUUUCUAGACUUUUCUGUCUUUCAUAAUUAAAUAGUUUUAGCACAUUGCAUGGCAUGGCUUUUUUUUAGGGCUUUAUGCUUGAUUUAUUGAGAAAAAAAACCCCAUGAGAAAUGCACUGUUAAAUGCACAAGGCUACCUUGGAUGGGAUAGCCACUAACAGGUUUUGAAAUUAGGAGCCUUUCUGUUUUUUGGUUGGUUUAUUUUUAGCAUUUAUGUGUUGCAUUGUGCAUGGCUUUGGUAUUGGGGAUGUUCAUUUGACUGAGCCAUGCAUGGCUGUUUGUCAUGUUGCAGGCUGACAGCUCCACAAACUCAAAUUCCUCCUAGAAGCAGAUGGUGCUUUUUUGCUGCUAGUCACCAGUUCAGUGGAUUUGUGUUCAUGGGAUAGCAGGGCAGAGUGUACUGGCCAAAAUUCUGUGAAUACUCAGAAUGUCAUCAUGCCAGAUGUUGCACAGUAAAUAGGAAACAAGUUUCAUGGCAGUGAUAGCUCUUGGACUUUUCAGGACUCAGGUCUGCAUUUGCCAUCACGGAUGAGCACUGGAGGGCUGGAGGACAGUGCCAGUCACCUUGAUGUCAACAUUGGCCAGCAUCCUACUGAAGUCAGCAACCAGCACAAGAGCUACCACUUGCCUGCAGCUGCUGCCAUCUUGGCAGAGUGGCGACCAUUCGCAUAAACUCACAAUGAAUGGCAAAGGAGAUAAUUGUGCAUCUCCCUUUUGAAUGGGUCACGCCUUUUUUUUUUCUUGUGUGACAGUGCUCAAUGACUUGCAUCAAUUCAGGCAUGAAUGGGGUGAAACAGUACCUUAUGCUGUUACACCUUUUCCUUCCCCAAUGUUUUGCCCCUUUUUUCUGCCUCUCCACCUUUCUAGCUUCCAUGUCCUCCCUACCCAGUCCCAUAUGAGAUGGUGACAGGGCUUGCAACCACAGCUGGUAACAGUUCUUUGUAUAGCUGUACCAACCUCAGGGCUGUCUAACCAUGUUUGCACGGUUGCUUUGCAGCCACAGGCUGCAUAUGUGGUCUGGUUUGUUGACUAAUAGACAUUCUUUUUCUUUUAAGCUAGGGUUGUUGAACGCAACUAUUCUUUUCUUUUACCAUGCCUUGCAGGGCUACGCCUAUGCUGCUUUUCUUUCUUUCAAAAUAUAAAUGUUCUUUUUUUUCCCCAGAUAUAAAUGAAGUAUGGGCAGAACAAAAAUGAAUAAGAUUGCUUGCUGCAUUCUCACGUGCCCUUUACUUGUGGUAUGCUACAUUUUCAAAGCCAUAUUACUGAAUGUCACUUGGGGACUUCCACUGUUUUGACUGGGUUGGAGGGUUUAGGCUGGAAGUGUUUUAAAGAAGAUAUCUUUGUUAUCGAACUUCCAAACUAUGGGUGCAGUGACAAUGUCUAACCUCCAGCAUUCCAGGUUCAUGCACAAAAAAAGUUCUGAAAUGUUACAUAAGAUUUUACAGUCAAUAGUGACAUUUGCAGAAUAAAUGCUUCUAUAUUCUUCUUUGUUUAGAUGCUACUAAGAGCAAAUCUUCCACUUAUCCAGCCCUCUUAUUCUUUUAGGUGGAGACCUGGAAAUGUUGGAAGUUUAACAUUUAUCACUUGUUUGGUUAAAGUGCACAAUGUGCUUGAGGAUUAUGGCUGGUCAAAUUUUUUCGAUAGGCUGUUUAAUAUUCAUAUACUACAAUCAAGUUAUGGAAAUGGGUGGGUCAAAAUUUUUUUGUUUUCUCUUUUAAUUGCUCAUUGUGGAUAAAAGUUGGCUUCAAGUCAUAGAAUUUUGUAGACUUAAGACAUAACUUUUGAAUAGUCUAAUUUUGCUCUCCCUGGAAGUAUACAUGGAGUCAGUUUAGAGGGGGGGAUGGGGAACUAGUUCCAGCUUAAUUACAUAUUGCAAAGCUAGCUAGAACAGGGAAGGUGUGAUGUUUGACACUGACAAAUGUAUUGUUUCUUUUGGAAAUACAUUCUUGUUUUAAUGAUUUUAUGUAAAAUUUAGCAUUUGCUGAUAAGCUUUAUGACUUGAUGAUACAGACCAGACUGGUAUGACGACAUUGUAAAAUGUUAUUUCAACAAGCAGGUUGUUAUGUGUGCAUCACUUACCUUGGGCUUGGUCCAUAUUUUUCUUGCCAAACAUCGCCAUCGUGAUUCAGUCAAGAAGUAUUUGACUUGCAAAAUUGAAAACAAGAUUGUGUUUAGGUUGCACUUUUCCUCUUAUUGUAUUCAAAAAAAAAAAAAUGAAUUGUUUGCUGGUUCUCAUUAUGGCUGAUGUGAAUCCAUGUGUAGCCACUUACAUAUUUGUUUCCUUGUGAUGUACUCACAGCUUCUCUAAUGAGGCUGCACAGUCAAAAUCUUCCAUCAUGGCUUUAGCAGGGGGAAAAAAAUCAACAAAGGUUCAUAUGUGGUGCAAAGUAAAUGCUCUUUUAGUAAUGUGGCUGUCUAGUGCUACUUUGUGCAUUUGAAGAAAACCACAACAGAUGAAUGUUGUCAGUGUUAGACUGCCCAGGGGACCAUCAGAAGAAAAGAGAGAAAUUUUAGGCUUUGUUGCUUGUUGUGAGGACUGCAUCAGCUUGUUUCCAAAGCUUGAACAGUUGUUUUUUUUAAACUUCUUUCUCUGGAAUGACACAGACAGCAGUGAAGCCCAGUGAAAUUAAGAGAAAUCCCAGGCAUAAGACAACAGGUCACACUUUGACCUCAUUAUUGGCAUACACAACCAUCUUUCUGUGCAUGUGCAUGCAAGUUGCCAUAUUCUCUCUACCUCAGGGUCCAGGAGAUUUAAAAAUCAGAGUCAGCAACAGACUUACAGAUAUGUGGGUUUAUAAUCAGUGAGAAUGUAUUAGAAAUGUGGCUUUAUUGAUGCUGAAAAAGGCUUGGAAGGAAAUUGUCUUGUGGAACUUUUGUGUGGAGUUUUUCUUCGAAGAGAGAUAAACCUGGCUACAGUGGAUAGACUUGAUGAUAUUGAAGGCAUAGGUUUGCCACCAAGUAUUACUCGUGUGCCAGACACAGAGGAAUAUUAACUUCAUCCAGGGGAGAUGGAGUUUUUUUUUGUAUGUGGUCUUUAUUUGAUUUUAUUUUUUUUUCAAAGGGGACAAGGGUGUUGAUGCACACUGCCCAUUCUUGAGCAUAUAACCUAAGUGUAAUAGGGAAUAAAAACACAUUGUAUGGAUGUUCUUUUAUGAGAGAAAAAACUGCUGUAAAGUGAGCCAUGAAAUUUGUGUACUGCUCUUGUGUAAGACGUUGCAACAGCAGGGAUGAUGGAAGAUGGUGAUCUGGAGAAAGACCAUGGAAAGGUUGAGUGUCAGGGCAGACUUUUCUAAAGGAAUGUUCAGUGGAACCUAUUGGAUACUGUAGGCUGGUCUCCUACAUUAUAUGCUCAAGUGCAUGCACACAUUCAAAGACUGUUUAUACUGUCGGCAGGGCCCCAGUGAUAGCUGGCAGCUCAUUGUUCACAGUGGUUUUCUUGUUUCAUGUCUUGUCAUUAUUGUGUCUUCCUGUAUGGUUUGAGUGUUUUGCCUACUGCAGUGUGUGUGUGUGGAGACAAAGUAGUUUGCAUCAUGGCACCCAAAUGAUCAUUCAGUGACACUUGCUUCACCAUCAACAUGUGUUCUUUUAAAAAACCAAAGUUCAGGAAAAUGCUGUUUGUUGCUGAUAAUAUAUAAAGUACAGAUGUGCAUCCUGAAUGCUGAUCAGCCAACUAUUUCUGUGAAUGGAGUUCUUGAAAAAACAAGGCAAACAGAAACUUGGCACAUGGAUUAUCUGCUUUCUCCUGAUUCAUGCAUGUAUGGAUACUUAGUGACUUAAACAUCAUCAUUUUUAAACUUAACCUUUUACUUUCUCACUGUGUCAUCCUGUCUUUUUGCCACAAAAACUUAGUUAUUUUUACAUAACACAGUACAAGGGAUCAAUAAAUAUACUUAUGGCUAAAUGGCAUAUUUUAGGCCAUUAAUUUUAAAUUUGUGCGUUUGGCAGCUCCGUGACAAGACAUUGAGCAUUGUUUCAAUGGUGCCAUGGUGCAGACUAAGCUGGUGACAUGUUAGGAUGGCAGACUCUGCUCUUUUUGUAGCAUUUUCACUAGUGGUAUUAAGAUGUUUUCUGCAUCAUACUCCCAUUUAUUUAGAGAAGUUUUGUAUGGGCAUUUUGUUUUGAAGAGAUUCUUUUAUCAUAGAGGGAGAGAGUAUAUAUGUGUGUACCUGAAAGAAAUUCUGUAUGAGUAUGAACAGAAUAUACUGAAUCUCAAUUUUUAAGGGUUGUAGUUGAUGUUCAAGCUGGUAGUGUUGAUGUUUUAUUUUAUUUUUUUUUUGCAGUCAUAGUGGGUUUUUAAAUGUCAUUGUCCACACUCACGAAAGAUUUUUCUGGUGAAUUGAAGGUUUUUUAAAUCAGCCUAAAGAUUUAUGCUUGUUUAUGAAGUAGGCUCAAAAUAAGGGAUUAUUUGUUGGGAGAUUGAUUAAAGGCAGAUUGCCCACUUCUAAAGCUAGUUUUAAUACUCUAAAUUAAUUUUUAUAUCUUUAAAUGAAUUUUUUCCUUGUUACCACUGCAAAAAAUUUUGCAUUUGGUUUUCUUUUUUUACGUCUGCCAACUAGUUUUCUUUUCUUUUAUUUUUUUUGUUUGGUUUUUAAUACAUUUAUAGUUGACCCGUAGUCUCUUGGUUCUUUUGUGUGAUAUGUUCUGGUAUAUCUUGAGAAUAAGAAGUAGCCAGCUUUGAAAUCACAUACCACUCCAAGCUGCACUUCAGACAGCUUAUAGAAUGGAGAUAAUUAAAAGCCACUCUUCAGCUGGGAAAAUUUCACAGCAGAUUGUACAGUAGAUUCAGCCUGCACCGGCUAGGAGACUACAUGUGAACAGCUGCACAUUGGGAGAGUAUUCAAACAUUCAUAGCUUAGAAAGUGCUGAGUUGUAAGGGUAGAAAGACCUACAACUGGAUUUGUUGUUUUCUGUACUCAAGAUCACCUCAAGUUCAGAUGAUACAGAUUCAUGAAAUGAAUGUGCAUUUGUUAUGUGUGAUUUUUGAAUGUUUUACAGUAGCUGUUAUCUGUCCUUUGUAUUAUAAGAAUGUGUUUUAGGUCUAUUCUCUAAUGUUUAACAUUGAUAACUGAUUUUUUAAAAUAGUGAAAUUAGAAUGCUUUUGAUUCUUUUUUAAUGUUAUAAAAGAAUUCUUACCUUGCUGAUGAGAGAUGAUUCAAUAUGUCAGAACACUUAUAUUGGUGGGCAAACUUAUGAGGGAACAUUUUCCCAUUACUGUUUGUAAGCUAGAAGGCACAACUAAAAUACUUAAGUUGCAAACUGCUCGAAGUACCUGCAAAUUGCAUUUUCAUUUUAAAAUUCUAUACCAUAUACCAUGCAUUAUCUUGCAGGUGAUAAUCUAUGAUCAGUUACGGUGGUCAUUCAUUUGUAAACACAAUGUGUUGUGUUUCACCUGAUGCCAUUGAUAGAAAUGUUUAUUGUGUGAUUUUUUUUCUUUUGGUACAAGUGAAUGUUAUCUACUGCUGCUCUCUGAAUGGUUUUGUCUCUUGGUAUUCACUUUCAGUUUGGUUGAGAUGUAAAUGGGAAAACAGAGAAGUGCCCCUCUCCUACUAUCACCUUUUUCCUGUAAUUGCUAAUGGGACAAUACCUGUAAAAAUAAAAAUAUCCUAAGAACCAUUUCAGUCUUUUCAACUUCCUUGCAGUGUAUAGGUCAUCAGGGCCGUGAAUUCAGUUUCUGGAUAACGUUGUUUUGAAGAAAUGGCCUUAUGGUAAUGCAGUUACCAAACAUCAAAGCUGCACGCCAAACUUGGUGGCUUUUGUAUAAGAAUCACGUUCUUGUGCCUCUGGCCUCUCUGCCUGUUAAUGUGUCUGAUAAGUGCCCCUGCAGUCUUUAGGGGCAGGCUAUUUGGUGAUGAGAACCAUCCAGUCUUGCUUAGUAAUAAGUUUACUUGAUGUAUGCAGUGGCGUGUAAUUCACAACAAAGAAGGGAGAACUUUUAUUAAGGAGUACCCUUUUCUUUGUACUGUAUUGCAGAUGGUGUUGCAGAGUAUGAUAGAACAUGUUACUUAAUUUGUGUUCACCUUAUUAUCCUUUCUGCAUGUCAUUAUAUUUUAAUCUUAAAUGUUUACUUUAAGACUUCAGUUGGUAAUCUGUCAUUGCACAGCCAGGGGCAUAGUGAUUUAAAUUUAGAUAUGGUCACAUUUGUCAUUAACUGGAACUAAAAGAACAAAUAGCUCAGGACUCUGCUGUACAUCUCAAUAUUGAUCAAAAUGGAUUUUAGAGGUCUUACACAAAAGCUGGCUUGCAAGAAAUGUUUUUAUAAGUGAAGAAUUUAGCGGGUUUUUUAUGUGCUGAGUGUCCUUUUUAAAAGUUAUUGCUUAAAAAUGAAGUUAGAUACAGUGAUUGCAUGGUAGACUCAAAGUGUGGCUUUUUAUGCAUAUUAUUUACUUUUCUGCCAUUAUGCUGUCUUCGUUAAGUUCUCAUUUUUAAUAUUGCCAAGCUUGCUAUGCAUAAUUGUAUUGGUAUAUAUUUUUUGUUUUGGUUUUCAUGCCAUAAUUCUUCAACAAAACUUAGACAGGAAUGAUGUGAAUGUUGCUCAGAGAUUGGUGUAAUGUUAGAAGGUGCUAAAGGACAGGCACUGUGAGAAUGGCUAUAGGUUGUGGCAACAGCAGUUGACCUUCAUUAUGUUUGUGAAAUGCUUUUGCUUCUUUUCUGUUCUGGAAGCUGCUAGAAAAUAACACCCUAAGGAAGGAUGCCUAUCUCCUUAAAAUGUCUUUACAUUAGCAAAGGCAUUCUGCAUGUUUGUAAGCACUUGCAAUGACGACUGUUGUCCCCAGUGGAAAAAAAAUGUUGCGUCUAGAUACUCUGCUGAUCAGCUGCUUAUAGUUACUGAACCCGUCAUUAACGUUUGGAAAAAUUUAAAAAACAAUGUUAAUGGUUUAGGAAGAGGUAUGGGGGUGUGUAUUAUAUGAAUGCAUGUGUAUGUUUAUGAGACUUAGGCAUGAAAGAAGUCAGAGUCCCAGACAGCUUACAUGUUCUGUCUGUAUGCUGCAUAUGAAGUUUUUGUUUUUAACUGUUGUAUCACUUUACCAGUCACACUUUAUUAGAACAGCAGACUUCUCUGUGUUCGAGCAGGGAAGACCUUUCUAGUCAAUGCAAUGCAAUGGUAUUUUUCAGUACGAUGAUGAACGAUGGACAUUUUGUCUUGUGGCCUAAUUGUAUGAUUAAUGGGCACAAGAUAAGUUGACGAACAUAGCUUCAUGUUCCUAGUGGAUGUGAAGCUUGAAAACUUUUUUCGUAAUUGUUUAAAAAUGAUUUUAUUCAGCUAGCAGGCAAAGCAUCACUCGGUCCAGAUUGUUAUAAGAAAAUUCUUCAAAAAAAAAAAAAAUGCAUUGUGUCAGUAGUGGGAGGGUGUGUGUGUGUUGGGGAUUUGAAGCAGUUUUUUAUGAUUAUGAGCAAAUUUAUAAACAUGGAUAUUUUGAACACCAUUAUAAUACAAAUAUCAGCAUUGUACCAAUAUGAUGUGAAAUGUCAGCAUUAACUUUCUUGGACUGCAACUACAAGUUUUUAUUUUGGGGAGAAUUACAAUUUCUUUUUGCAGGUGAGGGAGGAGUAUCUUGAAAGUAUCCAACUUUAGGUGUGCACAUUGAUUUUUGCUUGGGUAUCAUGCUUUUAACGCAUUUUAUAGCUGAAACAACGUUACUAUAGAUGAAAAAAAGUAUUUAUAGAUGGAAAUGGCUGCAGGACACAGUACUCGAGCUGAGCCGUAUGCCAGAGUUGCUGCCCUUAGACUGCAUCCUGCAUUAGUGUUUGGCGCCUAGGAAGGGCGAGAACAUGGCUAAAAACGCUGGUGUCUUGGCAUUUUUGUUAAAGCUCUCUCACGCUCACAAAGCAGGCGGCGAGAGAUGCCACAGAUUAUUUGACAGAAAAGGAUGUUAGGUGGCUUUCGGUUUAUAAGAUCAUCUCAGUGUCUUUUUAGAUUGGACAAGAGAACCUCCGGCGUUUCACCUGCGCCGUAAUUGUCUGUCCACUGGGGCAGCUGAAGGCCGUCAGUCAAGCAUCCACCUUUGCAGUCACCCCUCUGUCCUUGACCCCACCUCCAGCCAGAUGCACUACUAGCGAGCGCACAGCAGCCUCAGAAACAGUUGCGCGAAGCUGCAAGCAGACGUUAAGAAAAUUAACCAGCAAGUUGAUCUUCAGGCGUCUUGAUGCAAGGGUUAAUGGAUGCCGGCGUUUGGUCAUUGGUUAUGGCCUUGCACCUGACACUUUCGACCAACAGCAUCCAUCUAAAUUUUAUUAUUAUUAUUUUUAAACUUCAUUUUAGUGGUUAGCUUGUAUUCAGCAACACCUUUAGGGAACGCAUACUACCGAAUAUGUGACUAUGUUAUGCGAAACAUGUUCACACACAAAACUGUCUGGCGAAGACCGAAACAAAUUUGCGGACAAAUUUGUAUUCGUUGGAAAGACACGAAUAAAUCUGCUAAUAUGGCAGGCAGAUAACAUUAACUAUGCAGUUUUCUUUUUUUUUUUUGGGAGGGUAUAUUUUUUAAUUUAGCUGUUAUUUUUAGCAGGAAAAAUGUUUAAUGGUUAACAUAUAUAAUACUGAAACUUUAAUUCACGCAGAGAGUAUAUGUCUAUUGUUUCUAAGGCGUUUUAUAGACAAUCAGCAGUCGUUUUUGUGUUGCUGACUGUAACAUUUUUUGCCAUAUGGUAUAUGAGGAGGAUAGCUAUUGUGAUACAAAAAGGGGUUUCGGUAUUUUGAAAGUAAAUGUUUGUAGUGGAUCAUGCGUGUUUCGGGUUACGUAUGAAGACUAGUAAUUGAGAAUGUAGUGGGCCUGUAAGUCACACAACGGACUCGGAAAAUCUUAAUCAUCGAGAAGUUGCUCUUUGUUUUUUAAUCUUCCCACUGUAGUGAGUGCAAUUGUGACUAAAAUUAUAUGUUUAUCUUUUGCUUUUGUACAGUUUUUUUUUUAAAUUGUGAAUGUACAGAAUUAUGCGCUGUCGUGGCUGAAUGUAUGUCGGGGUGUGUAUGUGUGCUCUCCACUUUCCCAUACAAUCUCCAAUGUGAAGACCGCGAUGCAGAUUUCCUAGUCAUUUUGUGUGGGCGUUUUAUUUUUUAACUUUCAAUUUUCCCAACAGCGAAAUGAUGGUGAUGAGCACUUCCUGCAUCACCCGGUAAUGAGAGGCUGAAGACAAGUAAGAUAAUGCAGCACUCAGGUCUGUUUUGGGUGCUUGGUUUUUGCAACAUCUUGUUUAUGAACCCUAUCGUAAGGCCCUUCUCAAUCAAACACAGCUGAACGUAUGACCAAGUCUGACAGUUUAUAUAAAGUUCAUGUAAUCAAGUGGCUAGACAUGGUCAAACGGUCGUCUGUAUUUGUCCGGUGAAGUACACGCUUCACAUACCUCCAUCUACGUCACGGGACAUCUUCCCAGUUGCCCUUCCCCUAGUGUAUCCGCUAUCCCUAGCAUGGUCGUCAGCCCAAACUGCUUCUGUAUUUUACUUGUCUGUCAGCUGCACGCCAUUAGCUGGGUCCUUCAGUCGAGGUCGCUUUAGAACUUGUGACGGGACUUGGCGGCCACUGUGGGGACGCGUGGCUGCGGAGUCUUGUCACGGCAACCCUCGGCUGAGUUCGAUCCCCACAGGAAAAGGAAGUCUCCUCACCUGUAGGUUACACACGGCUAGCUCAGACUAAGUGUAAAGGGUCGAUGGUCAGACGGUUUGGGGAGUCGGCAAGAAAGGAAGCCGAACAUUUAUUUAUAGUGGAAGCUUUUACUCAUCAGUAAGUGUGGGCAGUACAGCCAUCUGUUCAGCUUUAUUCCUUUUGCUGUUGACGGAGUUGGAGCUUUUGGCUUCGUAUGUUUCUAAUAAAACACGAGAUUUUGCAAUGUCGCUUGUAUGAAAAAACGUAUGCGAUUUUGAAAAAAAAGGCGAAAAUGAUUUGGGUGUCGUGGACAUCUUGUUCGUAGUCCACAGGUGGGUGCGUGCGUGUGUUUGUAUAUACGUUUAUUUUUAAGUGUGUCGAUGUUUCUAACUGCAGUAGGUUGGUUGGCUUUCACCAUUUUUUUUUUUUACCCUCCCUUAACUCGAUUUUUGUGGAGAGAAAAGGGCUUGCCUUUUUCUCCCAUCAUCGUACAAACCAGGUGUGAGAGUGGAUUCAUUUACUGAGUGUUCCUUUGUGCGAUCGUGGGCGUGAUUGACAGAGUGAUUGUACAUACAGAUGUAUUUAUAAAAGAUGUGACCCUUGUUCAUUAGCGCUAGAUUCAACCGUUUUAAGUCGCACCAUUCGUACAAUAAAAUAGACAAUAUUA